AUGAGAAUGGAAGAGUAUUUAAGGAAUAUAAUUCCCAAUUUAAACAGCUUACCAAAGAACGCCAUGUUCACCCUCCAAAUCCACACCGUCGACUCUCCACAACCUCUUCCGACCACCAUCGCCACCACUUCCUCCGUCGCACACGGCCCAAACCCUAACAGUGACCUUAGCAGUAGCAGCGGAAUCUUACAUCUAUCGGAACUUAGAGGAAUCGCUCAUCUCUUCCGCCACCUUCCCUCUUCCACUUCCACCACUAUUUCUAACCCUAUUUCCCGCACCACCACCGUCUUCAUUGUCGCUGCUCCAAAUUACCUGUCCCCUGAUGAUUUCCUUCUCUUCUGUGGAACUCAUCUUGCCGAUUUCACACAUGUUAUGUUCCUUAAGAAUGAUGGAAUAGAACAUAGUUACAGUGUGUUGAUCAAUAUUGUUAAUCAGUUGGCUGCUGAUGGGUUUUACUGUAGCUUCAAUGGCAAAAGGUUUAAGCCUACCGAGGUUGAGGUUUGCCAUAUAUACUUUAUUCAAUCAGUGGUGUACGAAGAGUCGGCAUAUAUUACAAGUACACCUCCUGUUGGUUAUACUGAAUUGCCAACAUGUCCAGUGUGUCUUGAAAGAUUGGACCAAGAUACAAGUGGAAUACAGAGUACACUUUGUGACCAUUCCUUUCAGUGCUCUUGUGUCUCAAAGUGGACCUAUUUGGCAUGCCAAGUGUGUCGACUUUGUCAGCAGCAAGAUGAGAAGCCUGCCUGUUCAGAGUGUGGAACAAUGAAGAAUCUUUGUGUUUGUUUGAUUUGUGGUUUUGUAGGGUGUGGAAGAUAUGAGAAAAAGCAUGCAAUUAAACACUGGACGGAUGCAGCGCAUCACUAUUCACUUGAAUUGGAAACCCAACAAAUCUGGGAUUAUGUAGGGGACAAGUAUGUCCACCGAUUGAAUCAAUCGAAAGGUGAUAGCAAGUUGGUUACUGUUAAUUCCCGAUGUACUGCAACUGAGGGAGAAUGUACUACUUGUGGCGAUGAUGAGGAUUCAAGUUUUAGUGGUGCCCUUUUCAGCAGCAAAGUUGAUUCGAUUGUAGAUGAGUACAACAAUCUUCUUGCUAGUCAGCUGGAAACUCAAAGACAACAUUAUGAAUCUCUACUAGCCGAGGCAAAGAGUGGAAAAGAGAGCUCAAUAUCCAGAGCAGUGGAGAAGGCAGUUUUCUCAAAGUUGAAUGACUUGCAGGCUAAGAUAGAAAUGUAUACAGAGGAGACGAAGUCCAUUGCAGAGAGGAAUCAAGUGCUUUUGAAAAACCAAGAGCUUUUGCAGACAAAGUAUAGAGAAACAGCAGAAAGGGAAAGGUUAUUACUCAAGUCGAAGGACGAGAAUAAACUGGACCUCAAGGAACAGAUACGGGACUUAAAAGUUUAUGUUGAAGCCCAGAGGAAACUUUCAAACAUGGGAAUUUCAGAUGGGAAAGGAGGAACUGUUCUAUCUGUAGAACCCAACAAGCAAUCUUCCAGCAAUUCUCGAAGGCGAGGGAAGCUAGGUCGAAGACGGAACUAGUAGCACUUUGACAAAGUGAGGCUUGCUCAAGUGUUUGAGCACCUCCACCAUCUACCGGUAGGUUGAGGGUUUGAGUCACCCCUCUACUAGAAGGGUAAGUGGAAACACUAUUGAUCAUCCUGCGGGUGGAAAACGAAAAAGAACUAGUAGGAAUUAGUCAUCCUCUGCUCUUGUAUUAUAUACUACUACUC